AGGACCCAACCCGCUCCUCAUCUAAAAUAGAGUGAGAAUUCUUCAAAAUAAUGUAUUUGCUCAGGGUGGGAUAGAGACAGCAUCACUCCAUUGAAGAAAGCCAGGUUCUGUAAUUUUUUCUGGAAUGCUACUAUGUAUGCAUUUGAACCAUUAAGUUUCCGAGUCUAUUUUAGUUUACUUAUUAGAAAGCUGCUGCAUUUUGGCAUCUUUUAAGGACCAUCUAUAUAUAAUCACCCUGUAAUUGAAGUGCCUGAAGACCUGUCAUUAGAAGAGCGAGAAGAACUUUUGGACAUUCGUCGAAGAAAAAAGGAACUUAUUGAUGACAUUGAGAGGCUGAAAUAUGAAAUUGCAGAAGUGAUGACAGAGAUUGAUAACUUAACUUCAGUGGAAGAAAGUAAAACUACUCAGAGGAACAAGCAAAUAGCCAUGGGAAGAAAGAAAUUCAACAUGGACCCCAAAAAGGGCAUUCAGUUCCUAAUUGAGAAUGACCUGCUGCAGAGCUCCCCAGAGGAUGUCGCCCAGUUUCUAUACAAAGGAGAGGGCUUGAACAAGACCGUCAUUGGAGACUACCUGGGUGAGAGGGAUGAUUUUAAUAUCAAAGUUCUCCAGGCUUUUGUUGAGCUUCAUGAGUUUGCUGAUCUCAACCUUGUCCAGGCCUUAAGGCAGUUUCUAUGGAGCUUCAGGCUUCCCGGAGAGGCGCAGAAGAUCGACCGCAUGAUGGAGGCCUUCGCAUCACGAUACUGCCUGUGCAACCCUGGGGUCUUCCAGUCCACAGACACAUGCUAUGUGCUGUCCUUUGCCAUCAUCAUGCUCAACACAAGCUUGCACAACCACAAUGUGCGAGACAAGCCUACUGCCGAGCGCUUCAUCACCAUGAACCGUGGAAUCAACGAGGGUGGGGACCUUCCCGAGGAGCUGCUGAGGAACUUAUAUGAAAGUAUCAAGAAUGAGCCGUUUAAGAUCCCAGAAGACGACGGGAAUGAUUUGACACACACGUUCUUCAACCCUGACCGAGAAGGCUGGCUGCUGAAGCUGGGGGGGCGUGUGAAGACCUGGAAACGGCGCUGGUUCAUCCUCACAGAUAACUGCCUCUACUACUUUGAGUACACUACGGACAAGGAGCCCAGGGGGAUCAUCCCACUGGAGAACCUCAGCAUCAGAGAGGUAGAGGACCCUCGGAAACCGAAUUGCUUUGAGCUGUACAACCCCAGUCACAAAGGGCAGGUCAUCAAAGCCUGCAAGACAGAGGCAGAUGGUCGUGUGGUGGAGGGGAACCAUGUUGUGUACCGGAUCUCCGCCCCCAGCCCCGAGGAGAAGGAGGAAUGGAUGAAGUCCAUCAAAGCAAGCAUCAGCAGGGACCCAUUCUAUGACAUGUUGGCCACGAGGAAAAGGAGGAUUGCCAAUAAGAAAUAGGUAAAUGCCAAGCCCCAGACUCCAUAGCAGAUGUGCUGGCUACUCACAAGCAGCAGGACGAGGGGGCAGUGUGGUGCCCAUGUCCUCCAGAACAGCUAGCCAAGACCCAAGCCCUGAAAUCCUCGUGCUGUGCUGUCCUCGGGGAUGUUGGUCAGCUGUGAGUGUUUACUUCUGCACUAUCCUGCCAUUGACCUUUGGGGACCCUUGUCUACAGAGCACUUGGUGACACAGCCUCAGGACCUGCACAGCCCACAUGGGACUCCUUUUCUGGAGCCAGAGCCUCAUCUACACCAUGCCACACCUGCUCUUUUGGGCAGCAUUAGCUGUUCUAGAAGUCACUGUUUUAUAUCAAAAUGGGAAAGGAAACCUACCACUUUUUUAUUCAGAAUUUUUCUCAGAUAUAUAGGAUUAUAGCUUUUAUAUGCCUUUUUAUAUUCUGAAAAUUACAAUGAAAGAUACUUAAUUUCUAACGGUAGUAUUUUUAGAAUGGCAGCUAUAAACUUAACUCCUGGACACAAGUAUAUACUGUGCACUGAACACAGUCUAUAUAUGCAGUCUCCAAGCACUUGAGUUGGAGGAGCUGGGGGCCUGAUGUGUCAGGUGGGGCACAGGCAGCCACUCUGGGUGUCGAGGCACUGGGGUAACCCUGAGGACCAGUAUGCGUGGGAGAAUGCAGGUGUGGCUAACUGCCACUUCUACUCAUGUGCUUCUCUAAAUCACUAAAAUAUGGUAUGGCUCGGGAUGUUUAUUCUGUCAGUGUUGAGGCCUGGGAAACUGUUUGACCUUUACACAUGAAAGUUUCAUGUGGUCCAUCUGCAUCUGGCUCAUGUUGGCUUUGGUACUUUUGUUGCUUGCUUUUCAAACUUUUGGUUAAGUGCUCACUGACAUAUUAAUUAGGUCCAGUAUUUGAUGCAGUGCCUAGGCAUGAGCAGCCAGAAGUAACCCACCUAUCCUCUGGUAGUGCCAGGUUCUCCAACAUUUGGCAUCCCUUUGGAGGAGGGGAAGAGCUGACGAUGGCACUUAGAGAAACCAGUGGCACACAGAACCCCAUAUAUACCAGGGUGUGAUUUCAGGGUACCGUGUGCUUGGGCUGAGAGUGGGCAGGGUGAUCUGACCUUUUCUGUCGCACUUCUGGGGAGGCCUGUUCAUAAUUUGGAGGACUCUCUUGGGGGCUACAUGUGGCUUGUUUCGAAAAUGGCCUUUCCUGCCUAACUGCUUCCCCGCUUUCUACGUACACACACCUGGGGCUUGCAUCCCAAGGGUCCUUGAAUGCACUUAGAUGUGACUUUCUGUGAGCUGUCUUGAGGCUCGGCCUCAGAGGUAGCUGUCACAUAAGACUUUUUUUUUUGGACAUGGGGGAUGUCAAGGUUCAUGUACCAGACUGAUCACUUUUUAGUUUAUUCCCAAGCUUCUAGGCUUUUACUUUUACUAAUACCUCAGAUCUGAAACCUUUGUUUGAGCUGCCUGGCUGGUGUGUAUGCAGCUUGGCUUCCAGUCUUCCAUGAUCCCUACCCCGAGCCUUCAUCACCUCAGACCACAACUCGCUGCUGGUUGGGCACCUGUGUGUGUGAGGUCAGGGGGACUGGCAUGCCUCCAUCAGGACUCUGGUUAGUCUGCUUCUCAUGUCCAACCCAGGUAUGGUCCUGGGGAUACAGAGCUCUCUGUUGGAUGUUGAUGUUAAGCAUGAGGCCACAUGAUGGUGGCUUUGAGGGGACUUUGCCUGAUGGCUGUUGGUGCUAAGAAUCCUAAGUUACUGGCUCUCAGAGUAUCCAUAUGGAGUCACCUAACUCAGGUUUUGUUGUGACAGUAUUAACCCCAAGGGCAUCUGGCCACUUCCAGGGCUUGCAAAAGGUCGGUCAUACUCAUGCCCUUUGUCUGACAUCAUGAAAGCAUUAAGUCCUACUCUGGCCAAAGACAGUUUCCUGUCCUGCUGGGCCCUGACCGUCAUUUUCAGGUGUAGGUAGCCUGGCCCUGGAGGUGUCAGAACACUUGAGGGAUGUGGUCCCAUAGUCUACCUAGGAACUGUUGGAGAUGCUCCAGCCUUCUAUGCUUCAUGUCAUACCGAUUUUCAGAGCUACAGCUGUGUUUUGCUGACAAGUGAGGUCUGUUACAGACCGAAACCACAAGUGAUUUCUUUUUAUCUUAGAAAACAUUUCUAUUUACAAUAAAUAGUUGCUAUGUAAAUAAUGUACAUAUGUAUUAAUUUCUGCAGUGUUUGUUAUAUACAAUGUACAUAUUCCUACAACCUGCAUGAAGAAAUAUCCUAUUAAUGUUAUCAGAAUUUCUGGCUAUUUUAUUGCAAAGCAAACAGCUAGUAAAAUGGAGGGCUUACAGCUGGUCAGAACUAUUGCAAAUACUGUGUUCCCUAAAUAAAAACAUACUGCUAAAACAAA